AUGUCCGUUCCCAACUUCACCACCGCCCUCUCCGCCUCCAUCAACAAGGAGAAGUUCACCCCCGAGGUCCAGGCCGCCGCUGCCAAGGUCGACAUCUCCGCCUUCUCCGCCGCCAUCGAGGCCGUCCUUGCUGGCGAGGAGACCGCCACCGUCGAGGGCGAGCAGGCUGCUGCCCUGAAGUCUGCCUUUGAGUUCGCUGUUGAACUUGUGAAGAUGCUGAACAAGGAGCCUGGUGUGGAUGACAAGUUGAACCUCUACAAGUACUUCAAGCGCUCGAGGAACGAGACUCCUGCUCAGCCUGGCAUGUUUGCUAUGGAGGCCAAGUACAAGUACAACGCAUGGAAGGAAAUCCAGCACAUCAGCGAGGGCAGGGCCCAGGCCGAGUACAUCAAGCAGGUUGACACUCUGAUUGGAAAGAUUGGAACGAGGGAGUAG